CACAACCUCACUUUUUGUGAAUUUCAAAACAUUUUUAUUUUGUUGAAAUUACUGCAAUGGGGCGAAGAUAUUACUGUGAUUAUUGUGAUAAAAACUUUAUUGACGACUUGGACGCAAGAAAAAAGCACUUACAAAGUGCCCAGCAUAUUAAAAAUAGGAAUUUACAUUAUGAAGCUCAAAGAGAUCCAGAAACAAUAUUUAGAGAAGAAUCGUUAAAAAUGCCCUGUCGUAGAUUUUUAUUGGAAGGUUUUUGUCAGUUUGAAGGCAAUUGCAAAUACUCUCAUUAUUCCCCUGAUCAAUUGUAUGAAAUCAGUCAAUUAGUUGAGUAUAAUAAAGAACAAAAACGAAAAAAGGAGCAGGAGUUGGUCCCGAUACCAUCUGUGGAAUCUUGGCAUGAAAAAUAUAGUGAAACGUUUAGUAAAAGCAAUGUGGAAGUUGUAAAUACGUUUUGGGAUUACCCAGCGAAUUUGGAGACUCGAUUAGAUUUGCCACCCUCUCUGCAGAAGUUUAAACCUGGACAAUUUACAAGUGAUAAUUUUGAGGAAUGGGGUUAAAUAAAUAAAAUAUUUUAAGAUUCUUUAUGGUUUUUAAUGAAUUUUAAAAUGGAA